CUUCUAGAUUGAAGCUAAAGACACCUCUCAGGUAAAACGAAAAGAAACAAAGCCCUAGAAUCUAUAGGAGAAAGCUUCCAGCGUGAAGAAGGUAUUAAGAGGGUGUUCCAGCGCCCACACACACAACUACCGGCGAGCUUGGACCUUCGACCAACAGAAUGCAAUUUCAGAUUGAAAUUCGUUUGUGAUGAAAACGAAGCGCCAGGAUUUGGAGAACACUACUGACAGUGAAGAACAACACUUGAAGAAGCAGAAAUUAACCGAAGUAUCUUCUCCAUCGCCACCUCAACUUGGAUUUGAUAACGCUCUGCUUCCGCUUGCAACAUACGAAGACGAGGAUGACGAAGAUGAUGAGCGUGAUGAUAAGAAAGUUGAGGAAAACGGUCAUAAUAACCACGAGGAAGAGGAGGAAGACGACGAGGAAGAGGAGAAUAAUAAUGGAUUUGGUAUAGGGAGGCGUAAUAGGGCAAUUGAAAUCCGUAGAGACUGUCCCUACCUUGAUACCGUUAAUCGCCAGGUUUUGGAUUUUGACUUUGAAAAGUUCUGUUCAGUGUCUUUAUCAAAUUUAAAUGUGUACGCAUGUUUGGUAUGUGGUAAAUACUUCCAAGGAAGAGGGCAAAAGUCACAUGCAUAUACUCAUAGUCUUGAAGCAGGUCACCAUGUCUACAUUAAUCUCAGAACAGAAAAAGUUUAUUGUUUGCCUGAUGGUUAUGAAAUCAAUGACCCUUCACUUGAUGAUAUUCGCCAUGUCCUCAACCCCAGGUUUAGCAGAGAUCAGGUUUUGCAACUUGAUAGAAACAGACAAUGGUCAAGGGCGCUUGAUGGAUCUGAUUAUCUCCCUGGAAUGGUUGGGCUUAAUAAUAUUAAAGAGACUGAUUUUGUAAACGUGACAAUUCAAUCUUUAAUGCGAGUGACACCCUUAAGAAACUUCUUCCUCAUCCCUGAAAAUUACAUCAACAGUAGAUCUGUUCUUGUUCAUCGUUUUGGUGAGCUAACAAGGAAGAUAUGGCAUGCAAGAAACUUCAAAGGACAGGUGAGUCCUCAUGAAUUUUUGCAAGCGGUUAUGAAAGCGAGUAAAAAACGUUUCCGUAUAGGGGCACAAUCCGAUCCGGUUGAAUUCAUGUCAUGGCUUCUCAAUACCCUUCACACAGACCUUAAAAGUCCAAAAACCAAAAAAAGCAUUAUUCAUCAAUGUUUUCAGGGUGAAUUAGAAGUCGUGAAAGAAAUCCAUGUCAAAGAUGAAAGCAAUAAUAUGAAUAUCGUAUCCGAGAAAAGUAGAAUGCCAUUUUUAAUGCUGGGUCUCGAUCUACCCCCACCUCCACUUUUCAAAGACGUGAUGGAAAAAAACAUUAUUCCUCAGGUUCCACUUUUUAAUAUACUGAAGAAAUUCGAUGGGGAAUCUGUUACGGAAGUUGUGCGACCUCGUAUAGCCAGGAUGAAAUAUCGUGUGACGCGACUUCCACAGUAUCUUAUCCUACACAUGCGGCGCUUUACAAAAAAUAAUUUCUUUGUGGAGAAAAACCCAACACUUGUUAAUUUCCCUGUGAAGAAUUUGGAGCUGAAGGAUUAUAUACCUUUACCUGCUGUGAAAGAGGAAGAAAGUCAAAGACUGCGGUCAAAGUAUGAUUUAAUUGCAAACAUUGUUCAUGAUGGGAAACCGGGUGAAGGUGCUUAUAGGGUGUUUGUACAACGCAAGUCCGAAGAGCUAUGGUAUGAGAUGCAGGAUCUUCAUGUGGCGGAAACUCUUCCACAAAUGGUGGCUCUUUCGGAGGCUUACAUGCAGAUAUACGAACAGCAACAGCUGCCACAUCAGCAAAUGCAGUGAUGCUUGGUACUUGGAUUAUUAUUAUUACUUAACUUGUUUUUUUGUUAGGUAAGACUAGAAGUAUAUGUGAUGAUUUUUGUAGCCUAAGAUUUUGCAUUCAACUAUAUGACUAAAUUUACAAGAUUUGUGUUUAAAACGUAUAAUACUAAAUAUCUACUUUAUUCUA